GAAAGGGCUCGAGUGCUACUGCAGAUAAGAAAACAGACAUUUACAGAGCCUGCCUACAUUUCAGGGGUUUCGAAAUUCUUGUGGAACAAACUCUUGAUCUCUCCGCAGCAUAAAGGACGGGUGGGCGCCGACAUGGCCACUCGGGCCGCGCCGGCCAUGGAGCUGCAUGCUUUGGAUCGCUACAAAUUCUCGUGCAGCUACCCUCCACUGUUCCCUGGAAUGGCGUGCCAAGGAACUGGUGACGACCCAGAGGUCCGAGUGCUCAAACUCCAUGACGACCACCACCAGGAGGCGACCCUGUAUCGGCUGCAGAAAGGUUUCAUCCUGCACUUCCGUCUGGGCCCGUCGCUGUUCGGCCGCGUGGUGUCCGUGUUCAGCAACCACCCGGCCUCGGCCGACGAGGAGUUUAGCCGCGACAAGUACCGCCUGCUGCCCUGGAAGUCCGACAGCAAGAUCAUCGACGACACCAGCAUCUUCGUGGAGGUCCCGAUCGUCCGCGCCGGCUCGUUCCGCUACUACUUCACGCACACAGAAGGCUCGGACCCGAACCCGCGCGGCUCCGGAUACUUCGUGGUGGACCCGACCCUGUCGCGCGGCUCCAACAACGAGGUGCUGGGCAUGGACUGCAUCCUCAGUCAGACGGUGCUGUCCAAGUGUCUGGGUCCGCUGGACCAGUGGGAGGGCCGGCUGGAGGUGGCCCGCCAGACCGGCUACAACAUGGUGCACUUCACGCCCGUGCAGGAGCUGGGCGGCUCGAACUCGGCCUACUCGCUGGCCAACCAGCUGCGCCUGAACCCGGCCUUCCAGAACUCAGACGGCUCGCCGGCCACCAUCGAGGACCUGGCCAAACUGAUCAAGAAGAUGCGCGACGAGUGGAAGAUGCUGAGCGUGUGCGACAUCGUGCUGAACCACUCUGCCAACGAGUCGCCCUGGCUGCGGGAGCACCCCGAGUGCGGCUACAACCUGGUGAACUCGGGCCACCUGCGGCCGGCCUACCUGCUGGACCGGUUGGUCGACUGCCUGGCGCGCGACAUGCUGCAGGGCAAGUGGAAGGAGCGCGGCCUGCCCGAGGACGUCACCGAGGAGGGCCACCUGGCGGUGAUCCGCGACCUGCUGCACGGCGAGUACCUGCCGCACGCCAAGCUGCACGAGUUCUACCAGUGCAACCCGGCCAGCCUGUGCGACCAGCUGGGCGCGCUGUGCACGGGCGAGUCGCCGCCGCCGGACUGGGCCGAGCCGCGCGCCGAGCCGGGCCAGCUGCGCCUGCUGCCCGACCCCAACGGCGUGCGCUUCGGCCGCCGCGUCGACCUCCACCUGGCCAAGCGCAUCUUCUUCGACAGUGGUGAUGUCAACCAGGCCAAGGACCAUUUGCGAAGCCGGCUGAUGGAGCUGAACGAUCAGGCGGCCAGUAUCGUGCAGGGACACCUGUCGGCGGCCGUUGAAAACAUCAUAUCAGGGAUCCGCUACGAGAGGCUGGCCGACCACGGGCCGAAAAUGCGAGGCAUCACCUGGAGGACGCCGCUUGUGGCGCCCUACUUCACCACGCUGGACGGCGCCAAGAGCCUCGACCAGAAGCGCAGUCUGGAGGAGGAGGAGGCUAUCAUGUUCGGAGCCGAUGCCUGCCUCCUGAUGGCGCACAACGGCUGGGUCAUGGGCGACGACCCGCUGAGCGACUUCGCGCGGCCCGGCUCCGACGUCUACCUGCGCCGCGAGCUCAUCGCCUGGGGCGACAGCAUCAAGCUCAGGUACGGCGACCGUCCGGACGACUGUCCGUUCCUGUGGCAGCACAUGCGCCGCUACGCCGAGCAGGUGGCGCGCGUGUUCCACGGCAUCCGGCUCGACAACUGCCACUCGACGCCCAUCAACGUGGCCGAGUACAUGCUGGACGCGGCGCGGAAGGUCCGGCCAGACCUGUACGUCAUCGCAGAGCUCUUCACCAACAACGACCAGACAGACAACAUCUUCGUCAAUCGGCUCGGCAUCAACUCGCUGAUUCGAGAGGCCAUGUCGGCGGGCAACUCGCACGAGCUGGGCCGGCUGGUGUACCUGUACGGCGGCGAGCCGGUGGGCAGCUUCCUGAAGCCGCACAUCCGGCCGCUGGCGCCUGCCCGCUCGCACGCCAUCUUCAUGGACCUGACGCACGACAACCCGUGCCCGGUGACGACGCGCAGUCCGUUCGACGCGCUGGUCAGCGCCGGCCUCGUCUACAUGGCCUGCUGCGCGGCCGGCAGCAACCGCGGCUACGACGAGCUGGUGCCGCACCACAUCCACGUGGUGACCGAGAAACGCAUGUACUCCUCGUGGGGUGAUGGUAGCCAGUCGGGCCAGGUGGACGUCGACUCCGGCAUCAUCCGCGGCAAGCAGGUGCUCGGCAAGCUGCACUACGAGAUGGGCAGGAUGGGGUUCACCCAGGUGUACGUGGACCAGGUGACAGAGGACAUAGUCACCAUCACGCGCCACAACCCGGUCAACCACCAGUCGUACGUGCUGUGCGCGCACACGGCGUUCCGGCCGCCAGGCGGCCUCUGGACGCCCGACGGCAUCAAGGCGCUGCGCAUCCAGGGCACCGUCGCCGAGGUGGUGUUCGAGGCGCGCGUCGUGCCCCGCGACGGCAGGCCCAUGGAGCUGGAGGACAUAGAGCAGUCGGACACGUUCAUCGACGGCGUCAACCAGUAUAGGGUGGAUCUCCGGGAGAGCUUCGGCAUCGAGGACUCCAGCAUGCUCUCCCACCGCCUGGACAACGGCUACACGGUCAUGGACUACAAGGACUUCCCGCCCGGCUCCAUGUUCGCGCUGAGGAUCGCGCCGUGCCCGCUGGCGGUGGGCGCCGUGGAGAAGCUGCGCUCGAUCGUCUGCGACCUGACCCAGUUCAGCCUCAGCACCGACAUCGAGCACAUCAUCGGUCGGCUGACGCUGGCCGACAUGAACCGCAUCAUUUACCGCUGCGACCAGGAGGAGCGCGACGAGGGCCGCGGCUGGGCCGCCUACGACCUGCCCAACUUCGGCCCGCUCGUCUACUCCGGCUUCCAGAGUAUCAUGUCCCUGAUGUCGGAGAUCCGCGUGCAAAACGACCUGGGCCACGCGCUGUGCGAGAACCUACGCCAGGGCGACUGGCUGAUGGACUACGUGGUCGGCCGGCUGAAACUCGAGCCCACCACCAUGGAGCUGGCCAACUGGCUGGAGGAUACGUUCGACCAGAUCAGGCAGAUGCCGCGAUACCUGGUGCCGGCCUAUUUCGACGCCACCUUGCUCGGGGUGUACGUCCAUCUGCUCAACAGCACCUGGCGCCAGAUGGCCAGGUUCGUGCGGGAGGGCUCCGAGUUCACCAAGGACCUGGCGAUGGGCUCGAUCCAGAUGGGCGGCCUCGUGCACUCCUCCCCGCUGCCCGAGAUCUCGUCCAACCUGGCGCCGCCGCGGCCAGCCACCUGGACCCGCCCCGACGGCGUCCAGGGACAGGCGUGCGUGAGCCUGGCGGCCGGUUUGCCGCACUUCUCCACCGGCUACAUGCGCAACUGGGGUCGCGACACGUUCAUCGCGCUGCGCGGCCUCUUCACCAUCACGGGCCGGCACGCGGAGGCGCGCUACAUCAUCCUGGCGUUCGCCGGCUGUCUGCGCCACGGCCUGAUCCCCAACCUGCUGGACGGCGGCAAGAACGCUCGCUUCAACUGCCGCGACGCCGUCUGGUGGUGGCUCUACUGCAUCCAGGAGUACGUCCGCCUGGUGUCGGGCGGAGUCAGCAUCCUGCAGGACAAGGUGUCGCGCCUCUACCCCACCGAUGACUCACCGCCUUUGGAGACCGGGGAAGUGGAGCAGCCGCUGCAUGACGUCAUCCAGGAGGCGUUGCAGCGUCACUUCGAGGGCCUGAGCUUCCGCGAGAGGAACGCGGGCCCGCAGAUCGACCGGGACAUGUCCGACCAGGGCUUCAACAACCAGAUCGGCGUCGACAUGGAGACAGGCUUCGUGUUCGGCGGCAACGGGCACAACUGCGGCACCUGGAUGGACAAGAUGGGCUCGAGCGAGCGGUCGGGCAACAAGGGCAAGCCGGCCACGCCGCGCGACGGCAGCGCCGUCGAGCUGGUCGGCCUGUCGCGCUCCACCGUCGCCUGGCUGGCCGGCAUGUACCGCGACGGCAAGUACCCGUACGAGGGCGUCAAGAAGACAGACGAGAACGGGACCUACACCAGCUGGAAGUGGGAGGAAUGGGCCGACAUGAUCGACAAGCACUUCGAGAAGCUCUUCUACAUCCACCACGUGCCGCACCCGCAGUUCGAGCCGGUGCCAGAGCUCAUCAACAUCCGCGGCAUGUACAAGGACUCGUACUGCGCCUCCCAGUUCUGGGCCGACUACCAGCUCCGGUGUAACUUCCCCAUCGCCAUGGUAGCGGCGCCGGACAUGUUCAACCCCAACCACGCGUGGACGGCGCUGGAGACGGCCGACCGGCUGCUGCUCGGCCCCAUGGGCAUGAAGACGCUGGCCGCCUGCGACUGGGCCUACGACGGCGUCUACAACGUCGAUGACGACGGCACCGACCCCAAGAAGGCGCACGGCUUCAGCUACCACAACGGGCCGGAGUGGGUGUGGCCCUUGGGCUUCUACCUGCGCGCGCGGCUGCACUUCGCGCCGCUGAUCGGAGGGCACGCCCUGCUUCAGUCCACCAUCACCAAGGUCAAGCAGAUCAUCUCGAAGCACUACGUGCAGCUGUCCGACUCAGUGUGGCGCAGUCUGCCCGAACUGACCAACAUGAACGGCGAGUUCUGCAAGUUCAGCUGCCAGGCGCAGGCCUGGAGCAUGGGCUGCAUCCUGGAGGUGCUGCACGACAUCAAGACGCUGGAGGAGCAGUACAAGGGCAAGGUGCAGGUGCUGCCGCCGGCCACGGUGGCGCAGUGAGGCCGCGCCCCACGUCCCGGCCGCGCUGCGGCGCCACUGUCGCACCGGCGCCGCAGCCACUUGCGGUGCGCGGCCGGCGCCGCCGCCGCCCUCCUGCUAGCGCUGGUCGCCUUCUUCGUCUGCAUGCCGUGAGCUCCGCUGGCGGCGCGAGCGUGCGCUCGCUGCUCCGGCGCGGUCCGCCGUGUCGGAGUUGUGGUUUCUCUGCUUUGCCUUGCCUUCGGAUCGUGACCCCGGCCGGGGUGUGGGGAGAGCGUGGGCGUGACCUCGGGUCGCUGGACUGUACAGAGCGUGCUGUAGAUGGUCGGUGGAGGUGAGGGUGGGCUAGCGGCGAAACGAUGAAGACCGAAGUCGGUAGCGACCGGUAGGAACGCGACGAGCCGGAUGGACACGGACACUACUGUGGUAGCAAUAUGGCAGAGGCGGUCACUGCUUGGUAGACAGCGCGCGCGAACGAAUCCUCCCGGACCCCGCUUCUCUUUGUACCUCAGGUUUUGAAGCUUGUGUCUACAAUCUGCCAAACUCUAGUCUGUGUUUCUGUCUAGGGUAGUGCAAUAUUGUUGCCUGAGCAUUGCUUGUUACAUUUUACCCCUGACUCAAAUCUACAAUCAUGUUUUUAAUGCAUAUGUAUGUAGGGUUAUGCAACAGUUUAUAGUCAAUAUGCAGUGUUUGAUAGCAGCAGGUGAUGGAAUGUUCUUUUAUGAGGAAUAAAUCUGCAGUUGACAUGCUUCA